GUUUAUCUUCACCGAAGCCUUUAAUUCCGCCGAAACCGACUCAACCACCCGAUGAAACUCCCUACGUAACAUCGCGAAUUUAUCAGCAACCCGAUGACGAAAAUCCAACGAACGCUCCAACGGGAACCAUCGACAUAAGGAUAGUUACGACGUCUUCACCAUCGAUUUCACCCGAUUCGCACGUUUCCCCGUUUAAUUGCUUCGAUGAUGGAAAAUACUACAGGGAAGGUGAAGUUUGGAGGAAAACUGUGUGCACAAAUUGUUCUUGUAUUAACGGAAACAUUAAUUGUACGACGAAUCCUGAAUGUUGGAGACCAACCACUUCUUCAACUUCAACAACAUCAACAACGACAUCAACAACAACAUCAACAACAACAGAAUCCCCCACAAAUUUUGAUUUGGAUUUUAAUGAUCCUGUUCGUGGUGCGAGAGGUGAACCGGGUUAUUCGGGUCCAAUUGGACGCCAAGGAGAACCAGGAAUGCCGGGUCAACCAGGAAAUCCGGGGAUUCCCGGUAUUCCAGGACCUCCAGGUCCCCUCCCUGACUUAACAGCUUAUUACCAACAAUUAGCGCUAUCACAAUCAUCUCAAGAUAAAGGGCCAUCUUCCGCAGCUGCGGAACUUUUUUUCCCACAGGCUCAAGUUGGGCCGGUUGGACCAAGGGGUCCUCCAGGUCCCCCAGGGUCUCUAGGUCCCCAAGGUUUGCAAGGAACGAGAGGAGAAAUUGGCGAACCUGGAAUGGGGGGAGCUGUGGGUCCUCCCGGUCAACGAGGAUUUCCUGGUCCACCGGGAAAAGAUGGGGAACCUGGUGAAGAUGGGGAACAAGGCCCCGUGGGGAGUCAAGGCCCACCGGGUGCGAGGGGAUUACCUGGAAUGCCUGGGUUACCUGGAAAUAAAGGUCAUAGAGGAUUUAGCGGGCAAGAUGGGGCUAAAGGCGAACAAGGACAACAAGGUGAAAAAGGAAUGAUUGGGAAUCCUGGACCGAUGGGCCCCAUUGGUCUCACGGGACCAGCUGGGCCACGCGGUGAAAGAGGAAGAGAAGGACCUCCAGGUCCACCCGGAUUACGAGGAAUUGAUGGAAUAGCUGGACCUCCCGGGCAAUCCGGAGCCGUGGGAAAGCCAGGUUCACCCGGUUUUCCAGGAAACCCCGGAAGUAAAGGAGAUCAAGGAUCGCAAGGCCCGAAAGGGAGUCAAGGACUUCAAGGUCCACGAGGAGAAGCUGGGCGUCCUGGACAAGCGGGAGAAGCAGGCCCACCUGGUUUAAACGGCAAAGAUGGCUUCCCCGGCGAAAAAGGCGGCCCCGGUUCUCCCGGAAUUCCCGGCCCACCCGGAUUCCCGGGAGCAAGAGGCCUCCCUGGUCAAUUAGGAAGCCCAGGGCAACAAGGGAUUAAAGGAGAACCCGGGUUACACGGAGAACGCGGUUACAAAGGAGAACCCGGUUUUAAAGGGGAAAUCGGCGCCCCCGGACCAAGAGGAGUCCCAGGCCCAACCGGCCCUGAAGGCAAACGUGGAAAACGAGGGGGAAGAGGACCAACUGGCCCUCCAGGACUUCAAGGUGAAAAAGGACCCCUCGGGUUGAGAGGGUUACCCGGACCUGAUGGAGCAAUGGGGCCGAAGGGGCAAACGGGAGAUAAAGGCCCUCAAGGAACACCGGGAACUAAAGGAAAUCAAGGGGAUAUGGGAAGACCUGGACCACCUGGUAUUCAAGGAGAGAGAGGGUUAUCUGGAAGAAAUGGAAUGCCGGGGAAACCGGGGAGUCCAGGUGAAAGAGGAAUUCAAGGUGCUGAUGGGAAAGCUGGAGAACCUGGGCCGCAAGGAAUCCAAGGAGUUCCUGGGCCUAUAGGAGUACCUGGGGAAAAAGGACUUCAAGGCGAACAAGGAAAAGAUGGAGAAGUUGGACAACCCGGAGCACAAGGUCCAAGAGGAGAUCCCGGAAAAGAUGGUUCCCCUGGAAUACAAGGUCCACCGGGACCAUCAGGGGCCGAUGGAGAACGAGGACCACCAGGAUCUCCUGGCCCAACGGGAUUCCAAGGGCUUCCAGGUGCACCAGGUAAUCCAGGAGCGUCCGGGAAAGAUGGGGAACAAGGAGUUCAAGGCCCACCGGGUCUUCCAGGAUCGAUUGGAGCAAGAGGCGAACGAGGAUUUCCUGGGGAAAGAGGCCCUGUUGGUCAACCUGGCUUAACAGGGCUACGAGGGCCGAUUGGAUCGCAAGGGCAAGAUGGGCCACCGGGCCCACCCGGCGCGAAAGGAGAUAAAGGCCAUUCAGGUCACCCCGGAAUGGUUGGAUUACCCGGAUUAAAAGGCCCCCCAGGUCAUCAAGGCGAAAAAGGCGAACGCGGCUCACUCGGCGCCCCAGGUCCUGAAGGACCUCCUGGUCGCCAAGGCGAACGCGGCAUUCAAGGAAUUGUUGGCCCACCCGGUCCACCCGGAGAACCCGCCGAGAGAGGCGAACCCGGAUUACCCGGAUUUCCCGGGGAACCCGGCGCACCCGGAACUCCGGGGGAAAGAGGGGCCGUUGGCCCACAGGGAAAUCAAGGAUUCCCCGGUUUACAAGGAUUGGUUGGAGCUCCGGGUGUUAAAGGAGAAAGAGGAUUACUCGGAGCUAAAGGUCAACAAGGUAAUCCAGGACCUGUAGGAAAACCCGGCGAGGUUGGACCACAAGGAUUAAUUGGGUUAACUGGUGCGAAGGGUAAUCGGGGAGAAGCGGGAGCGAGGGGGGACGCGGGGUUGAUGGGGCCACCUGGAAGACCUGGAGAACCUGGACAAACUGGUCAACCUGGUAAUUCAGGACCAGCAGGUCCACCAGGAAUCCCUGGGAUUAAAGGUGUAGCUGGAGAUUUAGGUAGACCGGGCCCUCCAGGUCUUAGUGGGCAACCUGGACCCCCGGGAAUUGAAGGGGCUAAAGGUGAAACGGGUUCUGAUGGUCCACCUGGAUUAACGGGGCCGAGUGGGCCGCAAGGUUCUGCGGGAGAGCGUGGAUUAACGGGAUUACCGGGGACUUCAGGACCACCGGGACCAACUGGAUUAAGAGGACCACCUGGGGAACAAGGAGCGCCUGGUCGACCAGGAAACGAAGGAGCCCCGGGUCCCAUUGGGUUAUUAGGCCCCCCCGGGCCACCGGGACCCGCUGGGGAUCAAGGCCAUGAAGGUCCCCCCGGCAAACCGGGUCCACCGGGAAUCGCGGGACGACCAGGGGAUAAAGGCCCGAUUGGUUUAACGGGAAAUCAAGGAUCACCGGGGGCUCAAGGAUUACCCGGCCCUCCAGGGUUACAAGGACCGAUUGGGUUGAGUGGGGAGAGAGGUGCGAAAGGCGAAAUGGGCCCUCAAGGUGUUGAAGGCCCUCAGGGGCAACGAGGAAAAUCGGGACCUCCUGGUUUAGAGGGAGCUAAGGGUGUAGCGGGAGAAGAAGGUCCAAAAGGGGCGAAAGGACACCGGGGAUUUAAUGGGCUCCAAGGAUUACCUGGUUCCCCCGGUCAACAAGGUGAUAAAGGGAUGCAAGGACUCCCCGGAAUUCCGGGGAAAGAUGGAGAACUCGGACCAAGAGGGCUUCCAGGGCGAGAUGGUUCUCCGGGUCUCCAAGGAAACUUAGGCAACCCCGGCCCAAGAGGUCCAUCCGGCGAUAACGGCAAAAUUGGCCCAAUGGGUCCAGCGGGUCCUCCAGGUCCUCCAGGUCCCCCCGGCGAUGGAUUCGGAUUCGACGCCGCUAAUUUAGCCGCGUUAUUACAACAGGGACAAAUUAAUAAUCAAAAGGGACCCGACCCACUCGGAGAUGAACCAUUAAGAAUCUUCGGGAGCACCAUCACCGACGAAGAAAGACGAGAAAUCGUUAUUAAGGCUUACGAACAACUCAAAGCUUCUUUUGAAAAAUUUAAAAAACCAAACGGCCAAAAAAAUUACCCAGGAAAAAGUUGCAGAGACAUUAACGUAGCUCACCCUAACUUAGGAGAUGGGGAGUAUUGGGUUGACCCAAAUGAAGGUGAUCCAAAAGAUUCGAUUUUAGUUCAUUGCGAUAUGAAGAGACAAGCGACUUGCGUUAUCCCAAAACCGGAGAAAACACCCGAAAUUUCGUUAAAUAUGAAACAACAUGAAGUUUGGUUGGGCGAAAUCGAGCAAGGGAUGAAGAUAACGUAUAAAUCUGAUAGUAAUCAAAUCGGGUUUUUGCAGUUAUUAUCGGGGCACGCGGAACAAAAUAUUACGUAUCAUUGCAAGAAAUCUGUUGCUUAUUACGAUGUUAAUAAACAUACUUACCGGAAAGGUUUAAAACUUUUAGCGUGGAACGAUGCUGAAUUAACACCGAAAGGAAAUCAAAGAUUUAAGUAUGACGUUAUUGAAGAUGAGUGCAGGUUCCGGACGGAUUCUUGGUCCCAAAGUGUUCUUUCCUACAAAACGGACAAAUCGGUGCGUCUCCCGAUAGUUGACGUCGCGAUUAGGGAUGUGGGUGAAGAGGGACAAGCGUUUUGGAUUGAGAUAGGCCCGGUUUGUUUCUAUUAAAACGGAUCGCCGCCUAAAAAUAAAAUAGUGUUCAAUAAUUGUAUUAUUAAUUAAUAAAGUAUGUUAAGGUCUUUUACACAUUCUCUUUGGAUUAUAAAAAAUGGUGCUGUAAUAUUUAUGAUUAAUUAAAAAAGAUAAAUAUUUA